CAAUACGCCUCUGACGCCCCACCCCUUCCGCUCCCGGGAAAAACCAGCUUCCCAGAGCGUCUUCCGGCUGGGGCUGUGCGGCUCCUUAUCAUGGGGACAAUUCAUCUUUUUCGAAAACCACAGAGAUCUUUUUUUGGCAAGUUAUUACAGGAAUUUAGACUGGUAGCAGCUGACCGAAGGUCCUGGAAGAUACUGCUCUUUGGUGCCAUAAACUUAACAUGUACUGGUUUCCUUCUUAUGUGGUGCAGCUCCACUAACAGCAUAGCUUUAACUGCCUAUACUUACCUGACCAUUUUUGAUCUAUUUAGUUUAAUGACUUGUUUAAUAAGUUACUGGGUAAUGGUGAGGAAACCUAGCCCUGUCUAUUCAUUUGGAUUUGAAAGAUUAGAAGUCCUGGCUGUAUUUGCCUCCACAGUCUUGGCACAGUUGGGAGCUCUCUUUAUAUUAAAAGAAAGUGCAGAACGCUUUUUAGAGCAGCCCGAGAUACACACGGGAAGAUUGUUAGUUGGUACGUUUGUGGCUCUUUCUUUCAACCUGUUCACGAUGCUUUCUAUUCGGAAUAAACCUUUUGCUUAUGUCUCUGAAGCUGCUAGUACAAGUUGGCUUCAGGAGCAUGUUGCAGAUCUUAGUCGAAGCUUGUGUGGAAUUAUUCCAGGACUUAGCAGUAUCUUCCUUCCCCGAAUGAAUCCAUUUGUUUUGAUUGAUCUUGCUGGAGCAUUUGCUCUUUGUAUUACAUAUAUGCUAAUCGAAAUUAAUAAUUAUUUUGCCAUAGACACUGCCUCUGCCAUUGCCAUUGCUCUGAUGACGUUUGGCACCAUGUAUCCCAUGAGCGUGUACAGUGGGAAAGUAUUACUCCAGACAACACCACCCCAUGUUAUUGGUCAGUUGGACAAACUUAUCAGAGAGGUAUCUACCUUGGAUGGAGUUUUGGAAGUCCGAAAUGAGCAUUUUUGGACCCUUGGUUUUGGCUCCUUGGCUGGAUCAGUUCAUGUAAGAAUUCGACGAGAUGCAAAUGAACAAAUGGUUCUUGCUCAUGUGACCAACAGGCUGUACACUCUAGUGUCUACUCUGACUGUUCAGAUUUUCAAAGAUGAUUGGAUUAGGCCUGCCUUACUAUCUGGGCCUGUUGCAGCCAACGUCCUAAAUUUUUCAGAUCAUCACAUAAUUCCAAUGCCUCCGUUAAAGGGAACUGAUGAGUCGAACCAUGUCACAUCGACUCCAACUAAACCUAGUAGUCCACCUCCAGAAUUUUCUUUUAACACCCCUGGAAAAAAUGUGAGCCCAUUUGUUCUUCUAAACACGCAAACGAGACCUUAUGGUUUGGGGCUUAAUCAUGGACACAUACCUUAUAGCAGCAGCGUGCUUAAUCAAGGACUGGGAGUUCCAGGAAUAGGAACAACCCAAGGGUUCAGGACUGGUUUUACAAAUAUACCAAGUAGAUAUGGAACUAACAAUAGAAUUGGACAACCAAGACCAUGACGUACUGUGAUUUAUUUUUAUGAGGAAUAUGGACUCCUUACCUUGCAAUUUAUUUAGUAAUCCAAUUUUGCAUUGACUGUCCAAUCAUUUACUCUGAAUGUUAGAGUAUAGUAGGCUAGUUCAUAUUACAUGAAACCAGUGAAACUAUAUUUUUUUAAAAUGUAUUUUGGAUAGCGAGAACCUUUUAAAUGUUUUAGGCUUUAAAUAGGCUUCCUUUAGAAAGCGUGUUUCUCUAAGUUGAAUUUUGCUAUCUUUGGUUUUGUGGUUGACUGCAUUGUGAUAUGACAUUACCUUUACAAGAGAACCACUUGAUGAAGUGGACCUGUCACAUUAUUUAAAAUAUAAUAUUUUCUUCAGUGAAAUUUAUAAACCUUCUUUUUGAAUCAUAAUACACAUUUUAGGAAAGGAAAAAAAGAUCUAUCCUAAAAAUAAAAGUCUCUUUUAUAGCUUUUCCAAACUUAAUUGCUACAUUUUUCUUUGAGGACCUCCUGAAUUAUGUCUUGCAAAGGAGAAGUUUUUAUCAGAAAUUUUGGAACAUGUUCUACUACCUAGCAUAAAUUAAAAUUUUUAAUGAUCAGUUUUUAAAUAAUUUUUCUCAUUUAACAAUUUCACUACAUUUGCAAAUUGUCCGUGGUUUUCAAAGUGUUUUAUUCUGGUUAAAUGAAUACCAGAUCCUUUGGUGAUGUGCAAUAAAGGUAUCCUGUUUUCUGUGUUAUAUUUAAUCAAAUACUGACAUAACGAUGGAAUAUAUCUUUUUUUGUCACUCUUUCAUUGGCUGACUUUUUAAUUUCUCGUUUUAUUAGUGAAAGACAUCAAAUAUAUUACCAAAAUAUUUGGAAUUUCAUAUAUAACAUAGGAUUUGAUACCUUUUCAAAGUUGCAUAAUCAGUUCGAGUUUAUGUUAUAUAUGUUACCAAAACAUAAGAGACCCUAGAUUAUAGGAUACAGUAUUUUUAGAUCUGCUACAGGCAGUAUCUAACUUUGUUUUGCUUCGUCAAACAUAGUAAAUUGUUAACUGUGAUACAGUGUGAGAAUUAUAUAGAUUAUUUUAUUUUUUGAUUGCUUUUCCAAAUGUACAUGUUAAGGUCUUUCCAACAUGGCCAGUAUUACUUAUAAAAAGCAUAACAAGCAGCAGUCGCAAAUUACCUAUGAGGUUUUUUCAUUUUAUUGUAUUAUGAUUAGGGUUUUAAAAAGAGAUUUUGAAAGUGGAUGCAACUUUUCUGGAAUCCAGUACUCCUGGAGAUUUGUGACUUUUCCAGCCGUCAGCCAGCUAUCUAGAGAAGAUUUUUGUUUUUGUAGAAUAUGCAACAAUUUCUUCAGUCAAGUCAUCCUCUUUUAAAUAUGAGCAACACUUCCAAAUCCUAUUUCUUCACAGUGAUAUAACAGACAUCUAAGAAGCCAUCCCAUCCCCAUCAAGGAGAAUUGUAGUCAUCCUGUGAUAAUAAAUGACCAUGUCCUAAAUAACUUUUGCUUGGUAAGGAGUUGCUCAUUGUCUUGACAUCUGCAAUCCUGUUCAGGCAUUUGACCUGCUGAAGAAAUAAAGCCCUCACUACCUUGA